AGGUGCUGGGCUAGACGCCCCCUCCGCGCCCCCAGGCCCCGCCGCCCCCAGCCCGGGGCAGGAUGCUGAAGAAGUUUGAUAAGAAGGAUGAGGAGGCCGGUGGAGGUUCCAAUCCAUUCCAGCACCUGGAGAAGAGUGCAGUGUUGCAAGAGGCUCGGGUGUUUAAUGAGACACCAAUAAACCCUCGGAAAUGUGCUCACAUCCUCACCAAGAUUCUAUUCAUAAACCAGGGGGAGCACCUGGGUGUGAUGGAAGCUACGGAAUCCUUCUUUGCCAUGACCAAGCUGUUCCAGUCCAAUGAUCCGACUCUUCGCAGGAUGUGUUACCUGACCAUCAAAGAGAUGUCCUCCAUCUCUGAGGAUGUCAUCAUUGUGACCAGUAGUUUAACCAAAGACAUGACUGGGAAGGAUGACAAUUACCGAGGCCCUGCUGUGAGAGCACUCUGCCAAAUCACUGAUAGUACCAUGCUGCAGGCCAUUGAGCGCUACAUGAAGCAGGCGAUUGUGGACAAGGUGCCCAGUGUGUCCAGCUCUGCCCUGGUGUCAUCAUUGCACCUGCUGAAGACCAGCUUUGACAUCGUCAAACGCUGGGUGAACGAAGCGCAGGAGGCAGCUUCCAGUGACAAUAUCAUGGUGCAGUAUCAUGCCCUCGGCUUACUCUACCAUGUGCGUAAGAAUGACCGUCUGGCAGUCAACAAGAUGCUCAGCAAGUUCAUGCGCCAUGGCCUGAAGUCGCCCUUUGCCUACUGCAUGAUGAUCCGAGUGGCCAGCAAAUUGCUAGAGGAAGAGGCUGGAAGCCAUGAGCCCUUGUUUGAUUUCAUUGAGAACUGCUUAAGAAACAAACACGAGAUGGUGGUCUAUGAAGCUGCUUCUGCCAUUGUUAACCUGCCUAGCUGCACUGCCAAAGAGCUGGCACCUGCCGUGUCUGUGUUACAGUUGUUCUGCAGCUCCCCGAAAGCAGCUCUUAGAUAUGCAGCUGUCCGCACCCUCAACAAGGUUGCCAUGAAGCACCCAUCUGUGACUGCCUGUAACCUGGACCUGGAGAACCUAGUGACGGAUUCCAACCGCAGCAUCGCUACGCUGGCUAUCACCACACUGCUGAAAACUGGUAGUGAGAGCAGCAUUGACCGGCUCAUGAAGCAGAUCUCUUCCUUCAUGUCAGAAAUCUCAGAUGAGUUCAAGGUCGUGGUGGUGCAGGCUAUCAGUGCCUUGUGUCAGAAGUACCCACGUAAGCAUGCAGUCCUCAUGAAUUUCCUCUUCACUAUGCUCCGGGAAGAGGGUGGUUUUGAAUACAAGCGAGAUGUGGACUGCAUCAUCAGCAUCAUUGAGGAAAACUCUGAGAGCAAAGAGACUGGCCUGUCUCACCUGUGCGAGUUCAUUGAGGACUGCGAGUUCACUGUUCUGGCCACCCGUAUCCUUCAUCUGCUGGGGCAGGAAGGGCCCAAGACCAAUAAUCCUUCAAAAUACAUUCGCUUCAUCUACAACAGGGUCGUCUUGGAGCAUGAGGAGGUCCGUGCAGGUGCAGUAAGUGCUCUGGCUAAAUUUGGAGCCCAGAACGAGGAUGUGUUACCCAGCAUCUUAGUGUUAUUGAAAAGGUGCGUGAUGGAUGAUGAUAAUGAAGUGAGGGACAGAGCCACGUUCUACCUAAAUGUCCUGGAGCAGAAGCAGAAAGCUCUCAAUGCUGGCUACAUCCUGAAUGGCUUGACAGUGUCCAUCCCUGGCCUGGAGAGGGCGCUGCAGCAGUAUACCCUGGAACCCUCUGAGAAACCCUUUGACCUGAAAUCUGUUCCUUUGGCAACUGCUCCCAUCACAGAACAAAGAACAGAAAGUAUUCCUGUCACUGUGGUCAAACAGCCAGAGAAGGUGGCAGCAACAAGGCAAGAAAUAUUCCAAGAGCAACUGGCAGCUAUCCCAGAGUUCCGAGGGCUGGGCCCACUCUUCAAGUCCUCUCCAGAGCCUGUGGCUCUUACAGAAUCUGAGACUGAGUAUGUGAUCCGUUGCACCAAGCAUACAUUUGUCAACCACAUGGUGUUCCAGUUUGAUUGUACAAAUACACUGAAUGAUCAGAUCCUGGAAAACGUCACAGUACAGAUGGAGCCGACAGAGGGGUAUGAGGUCAUUGGCUACAUACCUGCCAAAAGCCUACUGUAUAACCAGCCUGGUAUCUGCUACACGCUGGUGGCACUGCCUGAAGAGGACCCCACUGCAGUGGCCUGUACAUUCAGCUGCAUGAUGAAAUUCACUGUCAAGGAUUGUGACGUAAACACUGGUGAAAUGGACGAUGAGGGCUAUGAGGAUGAGUAUGUGCUUGAAGACAUUGAGGUGACAGUAGCUGAUCACAUCCAGAGGGUUCUGAAGCCAAACUUUGGCGCAGCCUGGGACGAGGUUGGUGAUGAGUUUGAAAAGGAAGAGACCUUCACUUUAUCCACCAUUAAAACAUUGGAAGAGGCAGUCAGUAAUAUUGUGAAGUUCCUGGGGAUGCAGCCGUGCGAGCGUUCGGAUAAAGUGCCAGACAACAAGAACUCUCACACGUUGUACCUGGCAGGUGUGUUUCGGGGUGGCCAUGAUCUCUUGGUGCGUCGUCUUGUCCUGACAGACACUGUAACAAUGCAGGUCACAGCCCGCAUGGGAGAAGAGCUUCCUGUGGACAUAAUCAUGGCCUCGGUUGGCUAAACUGUGUUUCUGAGA